CUCUUCUUCAACGUGUCCUCACCUCAUUCCUUUGCCAUUAAUAUUACACGAAGCAGAACUGCUCUCUCUCCAGUUCACCGCUUACUUGUUUAUCACCCAUAUCAAAAUGGAAGGAAAAAAACUUCGACUCAUUAAGCUUCCCCUCCUCCUCUCCCUAUUCCUGUUGCUAAUCUUGGCACCGCCAUCUUCAGCCGCCGCCGCCGCCGGAAGGAAGGUAGGCGGAAGGAAGGAGGUGAAGGACGUGAAGAGCAAUCAAGAGAUUCAAGAAUUGGGGAAAUACUGCGUUCGAGAGUACAACAAGAACCUCCACGGCAAAGCCGAAUUGCUCAGCUUCUCGGAGGUGGUGGAGGCGGAGACGCAGGUGGUGUCCGGGAUAAAGUACUACCUCAAGAUCUCCGCCGCCACCGCCGCCAAUGGUGUCCGGGGGUACUUUGAUGCGGUUGUAUGGGUCAAGCCGUGGGCGGCGAAACCCAAGGAGGUUCUCAAAUUUGCACCUUCGUCUCCCCAAGGAGUUUCGGGUUUGGCUCACAAAUCCAACCCAAGUAUAAUUAAUAUUGAUAUGUUAGUAUGAGGGAGCAUUAUGAUGAGAUCUUAUCUUGUUGUAGAAGAUUGAUGGUUGGAUCUUACUAUAAUGUUGUUAGCAAUAAGAAAAACAUCUCUGUGGACAUAUGAGCUGAUCCAUGAAUCAUUCUACUAUGUAGAAGGGUUGUUUUUCUCCAAUUUUCAAUCAUGGAAUAAUAAGG